AUGGGCUCAUCUAAUCCAUCAGUAUUUACGGCGGCUCUUGUCGCUGCCGCACCCGAGGAUCCCUUGUUUGGUCUUAUGAAGGCCUUUCGAGAAGACCCCUCACCUAACAAGGUCGAUCUGGGUAUUGGUGCCUACCGUGACGAUAACGCAAAGCCCUGGGUUCUCCCGGUCGUCAAGAAGGCCGAUGACGCUAUCCACAACGAUCCUACUCUCAACCACGAAUAUCUCUCCAUUGGUGGUCUCGCCGACUUCACCUCUGCAGCUCAGAAACUCAUCGUCGGCGCAGACAGCCCUGCCAUUCGUGAAAACCGAAUUUGCACGUUGCAGACCAUCUCUGGCACCGGCGCCGUCCAUCUAGGCGGCCUCUUCCUCGCCAGGUUCCACCCCCACAAGCCCACAGUCUACCUCUCAAACCCAACAUGGGCGAACCACAACCAAAUUUUUACAAACGUCGGCCUACCGCUUGCCCAUUAUCCCUACUUUGACGCCAAGACAAAAGGCCUUGACUUCACCGGCAUGAUCGCAGCAUUGGAAGAAGCACCCCACGGCUCCGUAGUCGUUCUACACGCCUGCGCGCACAACCCAACAGGCGUCGACCCCACCCAAGAACAAUGGAAGCAGAUCGCCGCGGUCAUGCGCUCGCGUUCGCACUUCCCCUUCUUCGACACCGCUUACCAAGGCUUCGCAUCCGGCGACCUGGUCCGCGACUCCUGGUCCAUCCGCUACUUCGUCGAGCAAGGCUUCGAGCUGUGCGUCGCGCAGUCCUUCGCCAAGAACUUCGGUCUCUACGGCGAGCGCACCGGCGCCUUCCACUUCGUCUCCGCGCCCGGUCCGGACGCCGCGGCUGCCUCCUCUCACAUCGCCUCCCAACUGGCUAUCCUGCAGCGCUCGGAGAUCUCAAACCCUCCUGCUUACGGUGCGCGCAUUGCUAGUCGCGUGCUCAAUGACCCUGUUCUCUUUAAGGAAUGGGAGGCAGAUCUGCGCACGAUGAGUGGGCGGAUCCUGGAUAUGAGACAAGGGUUACGGGAUCGUCUUGAGAAGCUUGGUACGCCUGGUUCGUGGGAUCAUAUUACCUCGCAGAUUGGGAUGUUCAGUUUCACGGGUCUCUCAGUGGAGCAGGUCUUAACGUUGCGCUCGAAGUGGCACAUCUACAUGACAAAGAACGGCCGCAUCUCAAUGGCCGGCUUGAACUCGAAUAACAUCGACUACUUCGCGGAGGCGGUUGAUAGUGUUGUUCGCGAGUCUGCUUUGUGA